UCUGAGGUCCGGGCUGCGGUCGUGGAAGCAAGAUUUCCGCGGUUGUGUAACGGGGCGAGGUGCUAUCGAGAGGCCGGGGUUCUGCAUCCCCCUGCGCCUCCUGCAGCCGCGCCAUGGCGGGGAGCGGCGGGGCCUGCGGCGCGCUCUCGGCGCACACGCUCCUGUUCGACCUGCCGCCCGCGCUGCUGGGCCAGCUGUGCGCGGUCCUGGACAGCUGCGAUGGCGCGCUGGGCUGGCGCGGCCUGGCAGAGAGACUUUCUAACAGUUGGCUGGAUGUUCGUCAUAUUGAAAAAUACGUAGACCAAGGUAAAAGUGGAACAAGAGAAUUGCUGUGGUCCUGGGCACAGAAAAACAAGACCAUCGGUGACCUUUUACAAAUUCUUCAGGAGAUGGGGCAUCAUCGAGUGAUACAUUUAAUUACAAAUUACGGAGCAGGAUUGAAUUCUUUAGAGCAGAGUCAUCAGGAGCAUGGAUUUCCAAACAUAUCCAAGGGAAAAGCCAAUGUCACAGUGGAUGAUGCCCUUAUACCUGAACAUAAUGAAAAAGGAAUAUUGCUUGAAUCCUCCAUCAGCUUUCAGAACAUCAUAGACGGAACCAAACAUUUCCACAAAGACUUCCUGAUUGGAGAAGGGGAUAUGUUUGAGGUAUACAGAGUGGAGAUUCAAAAUCGAGCAUACGCUGUUAAAUUAUUUAAACAGGAGAAAAAAAUGGAAUCUAAGAAACACUGGAAGAGAUUUUUAUCUGAGCUUGAAGUUUUACUACUGUUUCGUCAUCCAAACAUACUGGAGCUGACUGCGUAUUUUACAGAGACUGAGAAGUUUUGCCUGGUUUAUCCAUAUAUGAGGAAUGGAACACUUUUUGACAGAUUACAGUGUGUAGGUAACACGGCUGCACUCUCUUGGCAAAUUCGAAUCAGUAUAUUAAUAGGAGUGUCCAAAGCAGUUGGGUACUUGCACAACACCCAGCCGUGCUCAGUCAUCUGUGGCAAUAUAUCAAGCACAAACAUACUUUUGGAUGAUCAGUUUCAAGCCAAACUAACUGAUUUUGCCAUGGCACACUUCCGACCCCACCCAGAGAAUCAGAUUUCUACCAUAAAUGUGACCAACAGCAGCAGGAAACAUCUGUGGUACAUGCCAGAAGAGUAUAUCAGACAAGGAAAGCUUUCCAUUAAAACAGACACCUACAGCUUUGGAAUUGUAAUAAUGGAAGUUUUGACAGGCUGUAAAGUGGUGUUAGAUGAUCCCAAACAUGUUCAACUGCGGGAUCUCCUUAUGGAACUGAUAGAGAAGAGAGGCCUCGAUUCAUGCCUCUCAUUUCUAGAUAAGAAAGUACGUCCCUGUCCUCGGAACUUCUCUGCCAAGCUCUUCUCUUUGGCAGCCCAGUGUGCCACAACUCGGGCAAAGUCAAGACCAUCUAUGGAUGAAGUCCUGAAUGUUCUUGAAAGUUCGCAGGCCAGCUUAUAUUUUACAGAAGAUCCUCCCACAUCCCUGAAAUCCUUCAGGUGUCCUUCUCCUCUAUUCUUGAAUAACGUACCAAGUAUCCCAGUGGAAGAUGACGAAAGCCAGAAUAAUCAUUUGCCACCUUGUGAUGAAGGUUUGAGGACAGAUGGACCGACUCAGAAAAUUCCCUUUGAAUGCAGCCAGUCUGAGGUCACAUUUCUGGGCUUGGACAGAAAGAGAGGCAGUGAGAGAAAUGAGGAUGCUUACAACAAGCCCAGUUCUUGUGAAGAAAGUCUGUCUCCAAAGCAUGCAGCUUCAUCCCAGGGCUUCAAGGCCACUGAGGUGAAUUUGGACUCCUUUUUAGAAGACCCAGGCCAUCCUUCCAGCAGCAGGCUAGUGGAGCCAGGGUGCUCCUCUGAAUUUUUCUGUAAUAAAUAUGAACCAUACAAAAAGGAUGAAAGUUCACCAGAAGGUAAAGAAAAAAGCAAGUAUUUCUGAGACACUUGAGCAAAGGUACUGCCUUGGGAAGACAUCAUCUCCUUGAGUUAGGCCCAGAGAAUGGCUGGUGGUGAAUUUGGGGUAAUACAGAUAAACAUUCUGGACAAUUCUAUUCCUUCCUUCUCAAACCCCCAAAACGGAGAGGCUUAAACAAAUGUUUCCUCAGAGUAAUUACCUCAUGAUCAAACCCAAACUAAAUUAGAGCCAUUCAAAAUUAUUCAACAUCCUUGGUCUGACUUCAGCAAAACAAAACAGUUUAAACUUACCAAAGAGGGACAAGAUUCUCAUGUCUUCUCUGUCGAAGUGAGUCUGGGGAACCUCCCUCUGCAAAGGACUUUCAGUUGCAUUCUGUUGUUUGGUUUAGCUUACUUAGGAGGGUAGCAGGAAAUGUCUAAUUUGUCAAUGUACUUUGUGAUCAACUGUAGUGUUUUUCUGUUCAUCACUGUCUAAAAACAAGCCAAGCUCACCGUUGGCCAGGGUGUGCUCUAUGUGACAAGAUUCCUGCCCAAGAUCUAUAUUUCUAUAUUUAAACUCUUAAGGUAGCCUAUUCUAUAUAAUCUAAUUGUUGAUUAUUCUUAUAGAUUUUUACUAACUCAGAGACCUGUCAUAUCUUGAGCAGAAUAUGUGAUAUUUUAAUCAAAUAAUUUUUGUUCCAGAAAAUGACUGGUCGGCAGUGUAGGUCAGCUUUUGAUUGAUACUAUUUGUGCCUUCCACCCUGUGUCUCCCCUCUUGACUGUUUCCUGGAGCUCCUCUUUUGAUGUCCUAGCCAGUUAUUAGGCUCUGCAAAACUGUCAUCCUCCAAAAAACCUCCCAAAUCUCUCCAACCGAGGGACUCACUUUACCAGCAUUUCCAUAGCAAUUUCUUUGAAUUUCUCUUUUAUGCUUGUCACGUUCCAAAAUGUAUCAAAAUCAAUCUUAUCUCUGUUCCUAGAUUGCUAGCUCCCUUUGUUUUCUGUUGUCACUGUAACAGGAUAUCACAAAUUUAGUAGCAUUAAUUAUUUUACAGUUCUGCAGGUCAGAAGUCCUUGGCAAACCUUCUGGCGCCUCUAGGGGACCCUGUUGCCUCUGCUAGCUUUUUGAGGCCACCUGUAUUCCUUGGCUCAGGGUCUUUUUCUCCGUCUUCGAGGUCACCAAUGUAGCAUCUUCAAACCUCUCUUUCUCCUCACCCCAUCACUUCCCCUCAUGCUCUCUCUCUCUUUCUUAAUUCUUCUUUAUUACCUUUUUCUUGCUCUGGCCCUUCUGCCUCUCUCUUAUAAAAACCCUGUUAUUGCAUUGGGCCUACUCAGAUAAUCCAGGGAAAUUUCCUUGUCUCAAGAUUCUUAAAUUAAUUGCAUCUACAAAUCCUCUUCCUCAUGUAAAACAACAUAUUCACAGAUCACUAGGAUUAGGACAUGGACGUCUCUGUGGGGGCAUUGCCCUAUCACACUCCCUGAGUGUGUAAGGGUGACCUCCUCAGAACUUAGCAUCAGCCUCCUCAGAGCGGGUAUAUUCUUUAAAAAAAAAAAUAUCUAUCUAUCUAUCUAUCUAUCUAUAUAUAUAUAUAUGAUUUUUUUAGAUGUGGUUGGACAUAAUACCUUUUAUUUUAUUUUAUUUUUUAUGUGGUGCUGAGCAUUGAACCCAGGCCCCUGCACGUGCUAGGCGAGCACUAUACCACUGAGCCACAACCCCAUCCUGCGGGUAUAUUCUUAUAAAUUAAGUUGAAUCAAACUAUAUAUAUAUGAACUCACAUAAUAAAUAAUUCAACUAUAAUUAACCUUUCUGAGUAAAUUAAUGAAGUAGGAAUAAUGAAUAAUGGAUAGAAACAUUCAAAGAAAACCUUUUCCAGAGGAUUUACAGAAUCUCCCCGUCCAAGAACCUUGCUGUAAAAGCUCUAGCUUUCUGUGUCAGGAAUGGAACUGUGAAUUUUACUCUUUGGAGAGACAGUGCAGUUGGGUUAAUCAUACUCAGAUUGGAACCCGAGUUCAAGAAUAGCUAAUCACAGAAGAAAAUCAUCAGGAACAGGGUCAGGAAAAUAGACUAAGGUCAAAAAUAUGGAGUUAAAUUUCUCUAAAAGGGCAUGAACUGAGGUUAAAAAAUACAGUAGAACUUAGCCUGACUGACAGGUCGAAUGCAAGCCCCAGGUAAGCAGUCAGGAGCAUCAACGUUCACAGGCUGCAGGACACCUGGUCUGCAGGUGCUGUCUUCUCAUGUAAUCAGCACAUAUGUGUUCAUACUGCUUUGGAACUGCCCACAUGUUGACUAAAAACUUUAAUUCUUUUGCCUUGUUUGAGUUUGGCCACUCUUGAUUAUACAUGCUAAUGAAACGAAGCAGCCAAAGUCUUCAGCAUUUGGCUCACAUGUUGCAAACCAUUCUGAGGCAAUGUACUCCAUCUCAGAGAUGUAGUUUGAAAGUGUAUCGACUAAACUGAGAAAAUUAGCCUGCAGUUGGUAGAGUGCUUGUCUUGCAUGCACAACACCCUGGGUUCAAUCCCUAGGACCACAUACACCAAAAAAAAAAAAAAAAAAAAAAAGAGAGAGAGAGAGAAAAAAUUAGCCUGGAAUCAUGUAAAAUUGCCAUUAAUAAUCCAAAAUCAAUAAUUGAUAUGUUAAUUUUUUUACUUUGAAUCUGCAGACACCCCCUGUAUCUUUUGUGAAAUGUCAUUAAAAAGCUCUGAUUAACACCAGGCUUGUACAAUUACUCAGCAUUCACAUAAUCUGUAGGCAUUGUAUUGACUUGAACUUGUUUAGUUGACUGAAGCAGGGUUUCUCAGACUUCAGUGUGCAUCAGAAUGACAUGGAAGUCUUGAUAAAGCCAUGCCCUCACCAUCUUCUAAGACAUUUUGUCUGGGGUUAGGAGUUUGCAUUCUAACAGCUUCCCAGGAGACGUUGAUCCUGCUGAUAGGAAUUCUGCUCCUUGGAAAUCACUGCAUUAAACUUUUCUCCAAUUAUUAUACAUUGGCAUAUUCUAACUGUGGAUCUUAGUUUGGUUUCAUGAGAAAAAAAUUCUUUUUUUUUAUAUUCACAUAUUACCUAGGAUGUUGGCUAGCUUAGAGUAGAGGCUAGAAAUAUGGUGGACCAGUGAUUUUAUUGACUAGAUUAAAUUUCAAAAGUGUGAUUAUUUUGCACAUCUUGAAGACCAAGUCAGAUUAUCUGGCAGUGAUCUGAUUAAUGAUCUGAGGAGCAGAUGCAACUGUGGUCGAAAAGUACCUAAGUCUCCUAUUGAAUGGUUCAGUCUUCCUGACUAGAUUUGCCUUCUAGGGGGAAGAAUUAAUGAAUGUUAAUUGAUAGUAAUUAAAUCUUGCAUCUUGCUAUGGGUCAUCAGAGGAUACCUCCAUGGUUUACUUACGUGCAGACUAAGUUACAUGAAGACACUAAGAAUGAGCCUCCAAGUUCUGAGCAGCAAAGAUGAAUUUCAGUAAAGAAUUUUACCUAUCCUCAUUCUGGUAACAUACUGUGGACAAUCUUCUGGGCAGAUCCUAUUUACUAUGCUUCUUAGGGUUUUGGUCCCAUUUUAUAAUGCCCCAAAAGAUGGAGAAAAUAUUCUGUUGUUUUGAAAAUGGGUAUGGGAUUUCUGACAUAAUCAAUUUUAUCGACUUCUCGAGAGUCAUAAUGAUCUGUGAUUCGCUGCAUAAUAGUGUAGUUUUAUGAGGUUGUACAUCAGCCUGUGUCAGACAACUUUUAAGACUUGUGGCCCAAUGAGAAUAGGAAGUGAGGUUUAUCAUGGGUAGCAUUUACCAAGCAUUCAUUAGAAUCAAAGUACUGUGUUAGCUGCUUAGGUUACAACAAACAAUUUAGUAAGGAAAUGAAGGACAGCUACCCAAGUUACCUGCUCAGUGACCAGUGUUAUUGGAAACAUACAUCAGUGGAACUCAAAGCUAAAGCUGAAAGGGGAGAUGAAGAAUAGAUUACUGUGUACUUUCAAGGGAGUGAAGAAGGCUUCUUGGAAUAGUUUCCUGAAAAGAGGGGAAGGUCUAAGAAAGGGUCACUGAAGAAGCACCCCAGGAACAGGGGCCCCCAGCCCUCCUAGAUAUCUGCAUAGCCCAUCUGUGGGGCUGGAAGGAUGGGGCAGGGUGAAGGGAUCUGGGCUUGGAGCAUGUUUUGCAAGUUUGACCCUCACAGCCACAGGAAGGUGUGAAUCCCACCCACAGGCAAGGAAGCUAGCUUGGGGAAGUUGAAGAACUUGCUGAAGGUCCUCCCAGAUUUGGAGGAGGAGGCAGGAUCUGUCUGACUUCAAAGGUAGUGCUCUUUCUUGCACUCUGCAUUGCACAAAGGAGCCAGUGGAGGUUCAAGAUCAGAUUCAAAGGGAUGGGUAUGAAAAAUCAUUUGUUGAUUCCAAAAAUUUUUUAGUAGGCACACAAACCUUGUUAUUACAUCUACUUUAUUCACUAUCCUGGUCCUCUGCUGUACACAUGGCCUCUGCUGUGAGUUGAUAUGAGUUAAGUGAAUAUAAAUUUAUUUAUCAGUGGCAUCCUUUGUGUCAGGCACUGUUGUAGUAGCAGUGAAAGUCAAAACCACCAGGAACUCUGUCCUCGUAGAGCUUACAUUUGAGUGAACACAUGUUCUCCAGUCUUAGGUCCCUCUAUAAGCUCUUCCUAAGGGGUUGGGAACUUUUCUUGUCCUGUUGCAUUCUUGUAAUGCUGGGUGGCCUGUCGGUUCUCUUUUAGUGUGCACUAAGUAGUCUGUGACAUGCUUUGUGGUGAUCAUGAUAGCCCACAUUAUUCUGUUAACUCUUGGUUUCUUCAGGGCAUUAUUUAGCUACUAAUGGCCUCUUCAGCAUGCUUCUUUCCAGGAGUCUAAAACACCCCCCAAACCUCCCUCACCUCACCUCACAUAAUGCUGGAAUUGCCUGUUGGGUUAUCUUUCCUCCUGCCCAAAACUGAAGUUCCCUGAGGGUAGAGGCUAUGUCCUGCUCAUUUUUGGAUCCCCCUUGGGUAGCACAGCACCUGGCAUGUAAUGUGGCUCAAUAAGUAUCUGUAAAAUGAAUGAAUCAAAUAGUUCUUCAAAACUUCCUCAAACUCAUUGGUAUCUAGUGUGUCGAGACCGCUGUCCAGAUUGUACCCAAAGUUUGUUUGUCUUUCUAGUAUCCAGAAUAUUAUCAUUUCACCACUCUUGGAUAAAAUUCAUGAAUUUCCAAUACUAAUAUCUGAUUUAUCUUUGAAAAUAGAUAUUAUAUAUGUUAACAACAACUUGCUCUAUAGUGGAAAAUAUUUCUAAACCCAUUUCUAAGCAAUGAUAAAACAAUAUUUUUGGCAGGGAAUAAAGGGGGUUGUUGUGUUUUGUGCCUGUCUUUUUGUUCCAGUUAUUUAUUUAUAUUUGAUAGUCCAUGGCCUUGACUUGCAAGUAUUUUCCUGGGAGGCAUUUUUAUGCCAAAGAUCUAUAUUGCCUGUCAAACUUACAAACCUUGUUAUGGCUGUCACUGACUUUGUUGGAGAAUUUUAAGGUCACCUCUUUAAAUAACAAGAGAAAAGUCAUAGUUCCUUUCUUUCUUUUUUUUUCUCCUUAAUUUAAAAAUAUUCCCAGACACCAACAUUAAUUAAAAUAGGAGGUAAGAAAGUAGAAAAAUCUGAUAUGCAGGAGAUAAGGCUCAGUUAACAUUAUCAUGUCUAGUAGGAAGCCGGUUUAUUCACAUAUCAUUGAAGCUUUAGACAACUUAUUGAGCUGGAUUCUGUUACUUUGGGAUCAAGAAAAAUGAGCCAGAGAAAAGUUGACUCUUGUCCUGAGUCACAUCACUGUUGGCAUGAGAAUACAAACUGAAAUUCUUUUAACCAAGUUCAGAAAACAUCUGCCCUGAAAUAGAUAACAAAAAUUAAAAGUAUCUCCAAUUUGCAAAUGAAUACAACUAAUAAAUAUAUGUGUGACUUUUAUUUUCUUCUUCCUCUUCUUAAAUUUGUCCUCCCAGAUUGGCAAAGGUUAAAGCUAUUGACAAGAAUACAUGCAAAUGGGCCUCCUUGUUCACUGCCUGAAGGGAUGAAAAUUGGUUCAACCUUUCUAGGAAGCAAUUUGGCAAUAUGCAGCAAAAAAUUUCAGUGAUGACACAAUUUUACCCAACAGUUUGUUUAAGAGUUUAUCUUAAUUGAUAAAAAUCACACAAAUAUCUAACCAUGAGCCCAAAGAUGUAUUGCAUGAUGUCUAUGAAAUUAAAACAUUGGAAAUAACCUAAAUAUCCCCAGUAGAAGAUGGGUCAAAUAAAACAUGUAUAAAAUUAAAUUGCAUAUGACUGCUAUUAAAAAUUAUUUAGAUCUAUUUUUAUUGCUAUGGAAAUGUGUCCCUGAAAUAUUGUUGUGUGAAGAAGCGGACUACAGACUAGCAUGUUUACUAGGAGCCAUUUGUAACAUUGGACAUUUUUAAGUGAUAUAUGUUUCUCAGAGAGCUCUUUGCCAAAUGUUAAUGAUGUUUUUACUCUGGGCUGUGGUAUUUGGGAGAUCUUUACUUUCUUUCAACUUUCAUGUCUUUGAAAAUUUGAUAAUGAGCAUGUAUCAUUUUUAUUUUCAGAAAAGAAUAAAGCUAUUUUUAUUUUGGAAAAAUAAAUCAUUCUCUACCCUUCUA